AUGGUGCGACACCAAAAGGCAGUAUGCUCGACGUGCCGUCGUCGGAAGAGCAGAUGCGAUGGAGGCAUUCCACGUUGCUCCGCCUGCGCCGCUAGCUCUUCUACCUGCCGUUAUGAGAAAGCACCAUCCAUCGCUUAUGUGCGUUGCUUGCAGUCCCGGAUCCAUGAUUUGGAGGCAAAGUUGGAAAACGCAGAAACCGCUUCUUCUCCGCCUUCUUCUCUUCUUGAAACUUCGGCCUUCACCAACCAAGACGACAAUUCCAUUUCUUUAAAUGCCCGGGGAGCCGUCAUCUACCACAAUCAAACGUCGGCCAUCCACGAAGAUCCACCUGAUGCUUCCCAUCAAUCACCAGACUCUGCACCUCAACCCUCCACAUCAGCAGCCGCGGAGAAAACCACCAGUGACACUAGACGUCACCUUGUUGCAAAUGCUGCGGCUCAGAAGGAUCUCGAAUUGCUUACUUUGAAUGCUACAUCGCCACAGGCUGAUGUGCCUCCAGAGAUCUCUAAUGUCCUUUUAAGGCUGCAUUGGUGUUGGUUACACCCGAGCUUCUUGUUCGUCUAUCGCCCGGCCUUUACAAGAGAUUUGCUGCAAUCAGCUCUGCAAGUUCAUGACACCACAUACUGCUCUGCUACCUUGUUCAAGGUUCUAUGCGCUCACAGCUGUCGCUUUAUUCGUGACCCGGAAGCUUUGUGGAGCUCUGAAAAGCAAAAUGAAAACUUCACUCAGCUCUGCAAUCGGCUCAUGACGGAGGCAAAAGCACUCCUAGCCAUGGAAACGCUAAAGCAACCUUCAAUACCUACAAUCCAAGCACUGUUGCAACAAUCUGCUCGUGAUAUUGCUUGUGGUCAAUCAUCAUCUUCCUGGCUCUAUUCCGGCAUGGCCUUUCGCAUGGCGAUUGAUCUUGGACUACAUGUUUCCCCCGAUAUAUUACAACGCCACUCUCCUACCCUUUCGACAGAAGAUGUCGAAAUCAGAAAACGCCUGUUCUGGAGCCUGUACUCAUGGGACAAGCACAUUAGUCUCUACUUGGGGCGAAUGCCUAACUUUGUAACGGGUUCCGAAAGUGUCUCACUUGAGUUCCUUGACGAUUUCACGGAUAACGACCCAUGGGAGCCCUUCUAUGGACCCAAUCCAGCUUCCAACGAGCUUCCAGCGUAUCCAGCGGUUCCGGGCCACAUAGUAUCUUGCUUCACACAAUUAUGCAAGCUCUGUAAGCUGAUAUCGCAGAUGUUGUUGAAUCUGUAUAGCUCAAGCUCCGUCAGCGACACUCAGUCAUCACCCAGCGCUCGGGCGGCAGCAUUCGUGCACAUAGAUCGAAAGCUGCAGGAGUGGCAUGAGUCGUUGCCAUCGUUUCUGCACAUUUCCCCAGACAACAUUCCUGAGCUGAGUCCUCCCCCACACAUCACAUCACUCAAUUUGAUGUACCAUACCACCCUUAUUCUGCUGCAUAGACCGCUUGUCUCCAGUGGGCAAGCCCUCUCCUCCGACGCAUCCCGGAAAAGCUGGGAGAUAUGUCGAUCAGCGACGACGACGAUAUACCAUCUUCUGCAAAUGUAUAUCAAGACGUUUGGCUUUCAUCAUAUCACGUACAUGAACAGCUACUGUACAUACACAGCGGCGACGACUGCCGUAUACCAACUGGAAACCUCCGACUUCAGGCCAGAUCAUGAUCAUACGAACGAAGCAGUAUGGACAGAAUUGAGGUUCCUGCUUGACAUUCUCCAACGCACAUCUUCUGCCAUGCCCGGUUUGAAUCGAAGCAUCGACAUAAUUCGAACGCGGAUCAAGAGAAUACUUGAUCGUCAAGCAGCCAGACAGCUUGAAUCCCUUUUCCCAGCCCAGACACAGUCGGUCGGGCACACGAGCCGGCGAGCUGCUCAUGAGGCACCGGCACCGGACAGGGAAAACGAGAGAAAUCCGGCAUACAAUGACCCGAAGUCAACGUCAGUAGACAACGCCCCCAGAUUCCCAGGAAGCGAAGACGCGCUGGUAGAUGAUCCAAAUGGCUUGGAUGUCUGGCUCCCGGCAUUCCCAGGACAAGACGUUUCCUACGGGGCAGAGGUUAUGCUUGAUUUGAGAGAUGUUGUUACUCCAGAGACACGAUCUGCCCUCAUGGGAUCGAAUUUGGACCCGCAUAUGCAGCUGAAUGCUCCGAUACCCCAAUACCCUCAAUUCGGCUACGAUUCCUUCGGCGAUGCCUCUUUCUCUCCAUUGCCUCCAGGUGAAGGCAUGUGA